CUUGGAUUAGAUUGGAUUGGUCUUUUAAAGUAUACUAUCUCUCUCCCUCUCUCUCUCUCUCUUCAUAAACCAGACCAAGAUGAGCUCAUUGAGUGCAAAAGAUGACUGCCUUGCAUGGGCGGCAAGAGACCCAUCUGGAGUUUUAUCACCUUACAGCUUCAGCCGCAGGGCUGUUGGCAGUGACGAUGUUUCAUUAAAAAUUACACACUGUGGAGUUUGUUAUGCUGAUUUACUUUCGACCAGGAAUUUACAUGGGAAUUCAAAGUAUCCUUUAGUGCCUGGACAUGAGAUUGCAGGAAUCGUGAAAGAGGUUGGUUCCAAUGUUCACCGCUUCAAAGUUGGUGACCAUGUUGGAGUGGGUACCUAUGUCAACUCAUGCAGAAGUUGCGAGUAUUGUAAUGAUGGACAAGAAAUUAAUUGCGCAAAAGGACCAGUUUUCACCUUUGGUAGGGUGGACACGGAUGGUAGUAUCACCCAAGGAGGAUAUUCAAGUUACAUUGUUGCCCAUGAAAGGUACUGCUUCAGGAUACCUGACAACUAUCCAUUGGCUUCAGCAGCUCCUCUACUUUGUGCUGGAAUUACUGUGUACGCUCCCAUGGUGCAUCACAAAAUGAACCAACCUGGUAAAUCUCUAGGAGUGAUUGGGCUUGGAGGCCUUGGUCACAUGGCAGUGAAGUUUGGAAAGGCUUUUGGGUUGAACGUAACAAUUUUCAGCACUAGUGUAUCCAAGGAAGAGGAAGCCCUGAGUGUGCUUGGUGCGAACAGAUUUGUGGUCUCAUCUGACCAAGAGCAGAUGAAGGCUCUGGCUAAGUCAUUUGACUUUAUAAUUGACACAGCAUCUGGUGAUCACCCAUUUGAUCCCUACAUGUCACUGUUGAAGACUGCUGGUGUUCUAGCCCUGGUGGGGUUCCCAAGUGAAGUCAAAUUCAGUCCUGCAAGCCUUAAUAUAGGUAAUAAAACCAUUUCUGGUAGUUUAGUAGGUGGUACAAAGGUGACCCAAGAAAUGAUUGACUUCUGCGCUGCUCACAAAAUAUACCCAAACAUAGAAGUAAUUCCAGUUCAGUAUGCAAAUGAAGCUCUUGAGAGGCUAAUAAAUAAAGAUGUGAAGUACCGUUUUGUUAUUGAUAUUGAGAACUCCUUGAAAUAAUACUGAUAAAGAAACAAGGAAUUCCUCCUCUCAAAAGCAUACAGUGAUUGGCAAUUGUUCUUUUUUGGAUGGCGGGCAAUUAAUUCUAUUAACAAGCAUUUGGUGUUGCUCUUCUGCAUCAUGUAAUAGCCUGAAAUAAGUGAAUAGGUCAUUGAGUGGUUUUGUGAGAA